UUGGGCUGGAGUUUGUUGGGCUGAAGGAGAUUGGACUGGCGGUGGAACUUGUUGGGCUGGAGGAGGUUGGACUGGCGGUGGAACUUGUUGUUCUUGUGCGGGAAAUGGUGGUUCUAAAAAUGAAAAAAACUUCUCUUUAUAUUCAAUAAAUAUAACCGAAUGGCUGUUCUUCAGGCGGAUAUGGAAGUGGCUCUUCGUAUGGAGAUUGAUAGUCAGAAGGAUUGAAGUCUGAAGGUGAUUCUCCUGCUGAUGACGACUGUGACUGUGCUUGUGACUGAGAUUGGGAUUGAGACUGCGACUGGGAUUGUGACUGAGACUGCGAUUGCGACUGGGACUGAGAUUGUGACUGGGAUUGAGGCUGAGACUGAGAUUGCGAUUGGGACUGUGAUUGUGAUUGGAAUUGAGAUUGUGAUUCAGAUUGAAAUUGUUGUGGUUGCUGUUCAAAUUCUGGCUGGGGCUCUGGGAAUUGUUCUUGAAACGAUUGCUGGUUGAACUGCUCAAAUUGUUGAGGUUGUACUG